AUGCUUCUAGGAAUUGCUAACCAAUCGUAUUCAAUAUCGACUUGGAUUAACCCGAAUAGGAUUCAAACUUCUCCAAUACUUCAUGUAUCGUCUGCAAACAAUGGAAAUGGUUCGUGGUGUCUUGGUAUGCUCAGUUUAAGUUUAUCAGGUCGGCUAACCACAACAUCAUCCACUGGAAGUGAUGCGAUCUCGAUCAACGGACCUGUAUCGAUGCCAGAUAUGUGGACGCAUGUUACAAUAAUUUAUAGUAUGGACAAUGGACUUCGGCUGUAUGUCAAUACAACUUCGAUGAACUUUACUGUUCCUUUUGCAUAUUCUGGUAGUGAUCAGAAGGCCUUUGUUUUAUUGGAAAGUUCACUGAAUGCUACUAUAUGUAACUGCACGACUGGUCAAUUUUUAGGUGUAUUGGAUGAAUUUCGCCUUUAUUCAAGUGAACUGACGAUUCCUGAUAUCCUGUCUUUGUUUAAUAAUUAA